CUUUUGGCUGGCCAGGAAGAAUUUUCCAAUGGGCUUCCUUUCUGGGUUACCGGCUGAUUUUUGCUUCAGGCGGUCGGGUAUCUUAAGAUGGCAGAGGUCGCGGGGAAACGAGUCGCUGUCGGCUUUUAAAGACGCUGCCUAUGGCCCUGGCAAGAUCGCAGCGCCAGUCAAGGGCCUCCUCGGUCCUCGCCUCAGAUCUCCUCUGGCCGUCCUUUGGAGCCGGUCUUAGGCCCAAAGCAGCGCUGCCUACCCUUGCCUUUCGUGGACGAUCAGGUCCUGGCCAGGGUAACGGCCAGGAGGGAGAAGGCGGGGGAAACGUUUGGCGCCGUGAUCGCCCGAAGGACCUGUACGAAUUGCUGGGAGUGCAAAGCAACGCUACUCAGGCCCAAAUUAAGACCGCUUACUACAGAAAGUCCUUUCUCUAUCACCCGGAUCGCAAUGCGGGCAGCGUGGAGGCAGCCGAUCUCUUCAUCCACAUAACUCAGGCCUACCAGGUGUUGGGCAGCCUCAGUCUGCGCAAGAAGUACGACCGUGGCCUCCUCACCCAGAAGGACAUUUCCAACGCCAAGAAGCCCCCCGGCAAAAGUAAAGCCGCAGCCGCAGCCCAGACAGUGUCCAAGAAGAAGCCGGUUUACACCUCUGGCUACCCUUCAGGCAAGCCCAUCUUCAACUUCGAUGAAUUUUACCGAGCCCAUUAUGGCGAGCAGUUGGAACGGGAGCGCCUGAUGAGGCUAAAGCAGCAGGAAUUGCAGAAACAGAGAGAGAACCAGCAGGAUGAGCAGUACAAAUUCCUGGAAAAUUUUCUCUUUGUGCUGUUUUUAUCAGGCGCUGUGAUCCUACUCAGAUACCAGUGAAGAGACGAGAGAAGAAAGUGGUGCUAACCUUGUAUGCUGAUCUCCUCUUGGGGAAACUUUGGGAGCCGGCAAAGCAGAAAAGGCAUUUGUGUGCCAAGGCAUUUGUGGACUUUCUGCUGCAGGGCACUCAACAGAUUUUGGGUUACAUGAGCAGUCUCUUGGAGAACCUUCAUCUAGUGCCCGGAGGACUUUACAGUUUUAGAAAGAUUUGAAGCAGGCAUAGUUUUAUGUAGUUAAUUGUCCAUGCUUAAUAACAUAGGUCCUAGGGAGAAGGAGUGUUUGCCCAUGCAAAAUAUUAUCACCAUAUGCCACUCCUAUAGCAUUAAAUUCUUCCUCUGAGUCAAGAGUGGAAGGAUUUGAGGUGAUUUUUCCUUUCUUUUCGCAUGGGUUGAAAUGUUUCUGGUUUGGCACAGGCAUAUUUAUACUGUUGUUGAUACUUCUGGAUUUGGGCCCAAGGCUGCUGCAGAAUGUAAAAGUACAGGAAAAAAUCUGAAUGUUAUGAACAAAUGUUUUUGUUAAGCAUUCAAAUAGAGGGACAGUUUGACUUCUGGUACUGAGAGCCAAUCAUGUCUUUAUCCUAAAUAUAAUUUAAUUGGAUAAACAGUUUGACCAUUCUGGGCUUUUUUUGCAGAUUGUAUUGUACAGCUGUACUGUGGUUUCCUUAUGUCUCCAAAACGUUCAAGCCACA